AUGCCUCCACCGAAAAAGAAGGCAAAAUCCUCUUACCAGACCGAGAAAGCGCCGUCGGUGCUGCUUUCUGACUUUCGCACAGCUUGGCCACUACAAACCGGCGACGAAACGGCGGUGAUUAAAGUUAAGAACGAAGAAUUUAGCGUCCACAAGGCAGUCUUGGUCCAACAUUCGGACUAUUUUCGUGUAUCGACAAAGACGUGGUACGACGAAUCCGGAGGCGAAAUCGGGUUCGAUAACAUCGAUCCAAAAUAUUUUGCCUUGUUUCUUGGAGUGUUAUACAGCUACUCCUCCAUCGUCCCCCAUACGGCGCCUGCUCCGGCAGCGAACCCGGAAGCACAGUCCCAAAGAACGCCGCUGCGAGAUUACGUCGAAGUGUACAAGUUGUGCGAUCGGUUUAUUUGCCCAACUAUUGGCGCGUACAUGCUCUGCUGCAUCCAUACUUUAGUAAGCGACCGCCACAGAGCCCUAUUCCGCUCCGCACUCGAUAAGGCGCAACAACUAUGGUGUACGACCGACUUUGCAGACGCUUUCGAGGCUCUUGAGCACAAUCACGCCGAGCAGAAGAAGCUCGGAAACUUGAUGAUUGAGUACUUCUGCGAGGGCGUGUUCUAUCGCUCAUGGGAAGCUUCAGCUAAAGAAAUGGAAAACAGACCGGCUUUUGUGUUGCAAGUCUCGCGAUAUUUUGCCUCGAAGCUUGCGCUUCUGUUAGAGCAGCGAACCAAACUCAAACGAAAAGAGCUCAAGAUGCCUACCGUAGGGGAAUGGAUUGUCUAA